AUGCCGGAGUUGUGGAAACCAACGUCAAAGACGAAAACGAUGCACCGCCAUCCCAAGCCAAACAAUGUUCAGAGAAGAUGUCGACGGAGACGAUGUCUCUUCCACCAAAUUGUUGAAUAUAUCGAUGGGAAUGAGGCACAAGGUUACAUCCUAAUCAACAUUCACGGUCAAUAUUUCAUCAUGAACACCGAUACGAGUGGGUACCCGGUCAACUUCGGAAGAGCAGAUAGUAUGAGCUCUAAUUUUAGUCCGGAUGCUCCAUUCACAACUGACAACGGAGAGAGACUCUCUUUAGAAAAUGUGUGGAGUAUAGUGGCAAAUGCGGCGCUGAUGUCUAAAUAUGUUAUCAUCUACGUGAACAAUCGAUGCCUCUGCCAAUUCACAAAUGUAAAUCCGCCACCAUCAGCGGAGCACACUACGCCUGAUAAUUAUCGACAGCAGGUUGGAUGA